UUAGCUUUUCUUCUUUAUAUUUGGGAUUUUCUCUUUUCUUACUUAUAUUUCCKCAAAAACAAAACAUGAGAGCCCUAKUUAUACUAGCCUUUAUAGGCUAUCUAUUUACCAGUACWAAUGGAUUAUAUUUUCACAUGGGAGAAACAGAAAAAAAGUGUUUUAUUGAAGAAAUCCCAGAUGAAACUAUGGUCAUAGGUAAAUACAAAACACAGUUAUAUGAUGAGAAUACUAAUAGCUUCCUACCAUCCAGUCCUGGUAUUGGUAUGCAUGUGGARGUGAAGGACCCUAACCAAAAGAUAAUCAUGUCCAAAUAUUAUGCAUCGGAGGGACGAUUCACCUUCACGUCCCACUCACCUGGAGAGCAUAUUAUUUGCUUGCAUUCUAACUCUACUAGAUGGUCUCUCUGGGCUGGAGGAAGGCUUCGUAUUCAUUUAGAUAUUCAAGUUGGGGAACACACCAAUGAUUAUGCUCAAAUAGCAGCCAAAGAUAAACUUACUGAGCUACAGCUUCGCAUAAGACAGUUAUUAGACCAGGUUGAGCAAAUCAGCAAAGAGCAAAACUAUCAAAGGUACCGUGAGGAGCGUUUCCGUCAAACCAGUGAGAGCACCAAUCAGCGUGUCCUCUGGUGGGCUAUUGCACAGACUUUCAUUCUUCUUACAACUGGUUUCUGGCAGAUGCGACAUCUUAAAGGAUUCUUUGAAGCCAAGAAACUGGUUUAAAUUAUUACUUCAAAAUUUCCUGCUGUCUCCAUUUUAAGAUCCUCCCAUGAAAACUCUACUUAGCUUCUUGAUAUGUAUUCCUAUAGUUUUCCACAUAGUAGCAAAGUUAUUUGGGAAUUUUUUCAGACAUUAAGAAGAUUUUAAUAGUUGUGAUGGGACAGUGCUUGAAAGUUUAGCCGAGACUAGAUUUAUAUAACUUUGAAAACGAAGAGUACACAUUAUAAUCAUGGUACAGAUUUCAAUACAUUCAUUAAAUUAGUAAUCUAUAAAUCCAGCACUGUUUUAACAACAUGAUGUAUGAAUCUGUUAAUACCAUGCAUUGUCAUACAAAAGGAUGUGAGAACUUUGACUUGAUUUUGUGGAAAAGAAUUARCAUAGAAAUAAGUAAGACUUAAAUGAAAGUGUAACUCUGUUCUAGCCACUGGUACAGUGUCAGUACAAGUCACACUUUCAUUUUACAGCUAAUUAAAUUCUAAUUUAUUAAAGAGCUGGGCAAGAAUCAAGAACAUGUUGAAAUAGGUAUGAACUCUAUUCAAUUUUUUUGGGGGGAUUAGAGAGAUUCUGUUUUUCAAAGGAAAAUUUUAACAUAGGAUGAUUGUAAAAGCUGCUUUCAUUAACACCAAAAUCCUAAAUAUUACAUUGGUAUGGUUUACUCAGCUAUGCAGCAUUUGUACUGUACCUACAAUUUUUUUUAUUCUCCGAGAUUGCUAUAAAAGUGGUUUUCGUUUUCUGUGGAUGYUAAUCAAAAUAUUCCCAAGGCAUUCUAUGUUGAAAAGCAUAGGUGGGGCGCACUGCUAACAUGCAGUCUCUGACCAAUGCAACCUGGGUUCAAUUCCUGCACGACUUGGUGUCAUAAGUCUUGUGCUUCAAGUAUUUUUCCUUCAGGUUCUCUGGUUUUCCUUCCUUCAUAAAAUCAACUUCCACAUUCCAAUUUGAUCAGGAAUUGAGGGCCAGAUUGGAAACAAUCCUCUGUACUUUAUCUGUUAUACCCUCAUUAAACAAGGUGUUUUUUGUGUGUUUGUUUCCCAACAGUAUCAUAGGAACACUUUGAUUGAGUUCCACCAAAAAUCACUGUGUUUGAGGUGACUAAAACGUUAUUAAUAGCAUUAUAGAUAAUAUUAUUUACUGCAUUGAUCCUAAAAAAAAACCCCGAGAUCUCACCUCAACUUGUCUACACAUUUUACAACUUUUAUAUAUCAUUUGUUGCCAAAAAGAUCAUCUUAAAUGCAUUUUUUCCUGUACCUAAACUAAAUAACCUUUUUCCAUACAUCAGGUCACUGGUCAAAUACRAAGCAUUCAACCGAGGCUUCARGGUUCAAAUUUGAAUAAUCCUUUGAAACUACAUUGCAGCCUCAAUUUCAUGCUGUGUGUCACCAGUCAACCCAUGUAUUAAUGGUGGUGAAUACUUUGUUUGACAAGGUUAAACUGUAAUAACAAUGAUAGCUACUUAAUUUUCAUUUUCAAGUCUUGUGGAAUGAAAACUAUUUAAUUUGAUUUUAAUAAACAAACUUUGCAAUUCUCAUA